UUGUCUAAACCGUCACACUGUCCGUGUUUUAUUAUAUCUUUUCUUUGAUAAAUUCGAACAAAUUAUUGUUUUUACAGCAACUAUAUUAAUUACCAGAAAAAUUAGUGAGUGUAAAACAAUUUUCUUCAUCAGAUGCUGAGAUUAGAUAGAAUUUAAUAAACAAAUUAUGAUAAGUGAAGAUGAGCAAUAAGGAAGAGGUGAAGUGCAGUGAUGAUAAUCAUCAACUGUUAGAUACAAAUCUAACAGAUAAUAAACAAAACAUGAUGGAUGAACAAUUGGAUAUUCAACAAGAAUCAAUGGAUGAAGUGGGAAGCUUGACAUUUGUACCACCACCUAUGAAAAAAUCAGAUACCCGAGACAGUAUUUCUUCAAUUGACAGCGAUGUAAGUUUAUCAUUUGAUAGACGUGGUUCAAAAAGUGAAGAAGCUGAUUUUUCGGAUAUUGGCACUGAUGAACCUGAUUGUAUUUCACCUGUUAAACAAUUUUCAAAUACAUCUGCAUUAAAAAAAUUAAAAUGUAAUGAAAAAAUAAAUGAAAAUGACAAUUCAAGUAAAAAAGUACCUUCAAAGGAUUUAGAUGAAGCCAUACACCUUACACCUCCACAAUCACCGACAGAUCAACAAAAAGAGACGGAACCUAUUGUCAGCGAUGAACUUGCUGAGAAAAUUUGUGCUCAAGUAGAAUUUUAUUUUUCUGAUGAAAAUAUCAUCAAAGAUGCAUUUUUGUUAAAACAUGUAAAAAGAAAUAAAGAAGGAUAUGUAUCGCUUAAAUUAAUCUCUAGUUUUAAAAGAGUCAAACAUUUGAGUAGGGAUUGGAGAGUAGUUGGAACAGCACUUCGAGCUAAAUCUACUAAAUUAGAAGUUAAUGAAUUGGGUACUAAACUCAGACGGCGUGACCCUUUACCGCAAUACGAUCAAACAUUACCAUCAAGAACUAUAAUUGCUGCUAAGCUCCCUGUAGAAAAGCUUACAAUUGAAUCUGUGGCUGAAAUUUUUAGGCAAUUUGGUGAAAUUGCUCUCAUAAGGAUUUUAAGACCAGGGAAUCCAGUGCCAGCAGAAAUUCGUCAAGCUAUUUCAAAAAGGCCUGAACUUGGAUCUGAUGAAGAAUGUGCUUUAAUUGAGUUCACAGACUCAGCAGCAGCUCGAGAAGCUCAAAAACUAAAUUUAGGUGAUACCAAAAUUUAUGAACUUCAACAAAUAACAGCAGGAGAAAAGAAACGAAAGCAACAAUCAAACCAACAACAACAGCAACAAUCACAACCGGUGAAGAAAAAUGUUGUUCAGAGAAAUUCUGCACCACGAGAAAAUAUUUAUUCAUCUAGUUGUCCUAGUGGUUCAGAAGAAGAAAAUAAAAAUUUAAGAAUAAAAGGCUGUAAAUCUUAUUUAGGAAAAAGAGAAACGGCGCUCUCCAUUAAUCCAUAUACUUGUAAUCAUGGUUCACCAUCAAUGGAUCCAUGGUUUUCAAGAAGAUUUUCUGCUUGUACCGUUUCAGGAUCAGAAAAUAAUCCCCUAUUAAUGCGUCGACUUUCCGCAUGUUCUAAUUCAAGUUCUAAUCUUGAUAAUGUAAGCUAUUCUGGAAGACGAUUUUCUUCAUGUUCUUCUGAAUCGGAUAAUAAUUUCAAUUCAUCGUUAUAUCACCUGUCACCUCAUCAAAGUCAACAUAAUCUUUAUCCACCGUUCAAUUAUUGGCCAGGACAAUCAGCAUCAAGGAGAUACUCUUGCUGUACACCUGGAAGUUCUAGCCCCACUACUCUUGGUUACAACUUUGAUUAUAUGAAUAGUAAUUCAUAUUAUCAUCAUACUAGUCGACGAGGCUCUGCUGAAUAUGGUCCAAUGAUGAGGAGAUUAUCUACUUGUAGUAGGGACUCUGGUUAUGAUCCUGGAAGUCGAAGACUCUCUUCUUGUUCAUCAGGAUCUGAUUCUUGUUCUGGUUUUCGUUCUCGUAGUAAUAGUGGAUUCGUUUUAAUGGCACAUUUACCUGAAAAUAUUACACGAUUACCAUCAGGUCCUGACGGAACACGUGGAUUUGGCCGAACUAAUUCAUCUGUUGAAAAUUCAAAUGUCACACCUACCGUUGAAUCUUCUUGUGCUUGACCAUAUUCCAACAUUGUGAAGAUAUUUGAACUCCAUAUAUUAGAUAAAAAAAAUAUUUUAAUAAAAAGACAAUUAGAUCAUAAAAUGUAAUUAAGAAAUAUAUAUUUAAGUGCUCGAUGAUACUCACAAUUGUAAAUAGUUAUUGAUAAGAUCAACAAGAAUACGUAAAAUUAAAGGUAAAUAUUUUAAAAUGGU